AAGCGCACCUUAUGUAAUGCGUGGCGGCGCUAAACGCAGGCGGACAGUAAACUCACAGGCUGGUGGUUUGGCGGUGCUGGCCCUGUCUUAUGUCACUUCUGCUGAGGUAACAGCUAAUGCGCCCAACGGCACAAGCUACAUUUCCUCGUGUGGGCUAAGUCGAAGCAGUCAGUAUGUUUGGAGCUGUGGUGGUGGGUAUCGGCACAGCAGGUUGGGUGAGGAUCAGAGACAUGUUAGCUCCACUGUCUGGCAGUCCUGCAGAGAAACUCGCUGUCAGAGGAUUCAUAUCAAGGAGGAGCCUGGACACUCAGCAGGGAGUGAGUCAGAUCUCAGUGGAAGAGGCUGUGAGCAGAGAAGACAUUCAUGUAGCAUUCAUCUGCACUGAUAAUAUCUCACAUGAGGACAGUGUCAGAACUUUUCUGCAGGCAGGGAAACAUGUCUGUGUGGAGUAUCCCAUGACCGUGAGCUACAAGGCAGCUGUGGAGCUGUGGGAUAUUGCCAAGGAAAAAGGAGUGAUUCUCCAUGAGGAACACAUAGAGCUGUUGACAGAAGACUACAAAGUACUGAAGAGAGAGGUUCAGGGAAAAAUCCUGCAGGAGGGCACUCUUCAUUUUACAGGUGGAGCCUUGAAGCCUGGGUUUGGUUUCCCAGCGUUCAGUGGUAUUGCUCGCCUCACCUGGUUGGUUGAGUUGUUUGGUGAGCUGUCAGUAACUGCAGCAAGCAUGGAGGAAAACUCUGGUAACUACAGCAAGAUGACUGCAAAGCUGCUCACCUCUGACAACAGACCUCUGACGUGGAUCGAGGAACGGGGACCGGGCCUUCCCAGGGCCAAGAACAUCAACUUUCAGUUUGAGUCCUGCACUCUGACCCAAAUCCCUCCUGCACCCAGAGGAGCUGUUGGUCUCUUCAUGCAGGACCUGAUCCACUUUUCUGCCAAGCUGAUGGGCCAAGUGAGUCCUGAGGAGCUACAGAGAGAGAAAAUCAGGAUCUUACACUGCCUGGAGCUCGCGGAGAAGAUACAGCAACUUUGCCAAAAUUAAGUGGGGACACUCAAUUUUAUGAUAACCAUAAAUCUUGUUCUUAUUCAAACAUGAAAUUGUAUAAAUUAAUUAUCACCAUGCCGUUAAGGUUUUGUAUGUGAGUUGUAAGAACUUUGCAUUAUUAGAGAUUAUUACUGUUUAAAGCUGAGUCAAUGAACUGAAUAACACAUAGUAAAAUAAUCAGCACAUGUUUAGACAUGGGUGCCUGAAUGUAAAAAGUGCAAAAUAUCAAAAUAUCAUAUAUCAUGUAGAGCACUUCUCCAGCCUCAUAUUACCUUCAUCAGACAGACUGCCUUAUUUUUUCUCAAUAAGCGUUGCUUGUACAUUAAAACAAAAAACUACUUGGCAAGAACAGCUGACUUACUGAAAUAAAGGAUGGAGAAUCCUUGAAUUAGGUUACUGGGUGGAGAUUAUGGGUGUGUGAAGCCAGUCAGAGAAUCACAGGAUCACAGUGUCGCCCUUUAAUAGCCAUUUAAAUUGCACUCUUGCCAUAUCACAGUUGCAUGUAGGUAUAACCAACUGUAGGAGUAUACAAGUAUGUGUGGUUCUGUAAAGAAGAAAAAUACAACUCUAGGGAUGUCAACAAUUAUAUUGUUACCUAUGCUUAAGACCAGUGAGUCAAUAUUCAAUGUAGUAAGCCAAUAUUAUGUAAUAUCUAGAAGACCAUCAUCUCAGUUCAGGUAGAAGUGGAGUAACAUUUAAACUGUAGGUGUGGCCCAUGUGUAGAGUGUAGUUAGUUGUAAGCUGGGAUAUCAGGUGUUUGGAGGAGGGUUGAAGGGUUUGUUCCCUUAAGAAUUUGUUUGGUUUGAGAGGGAGGACCAUGACAAGCUAUUCAAAGAUGUACUAAUAGUCAAGUUCAGUGGAGAGUACAGGAGCUGCGAGUGCAACUCCUGAGGUAGCAUCACUUAGCACAAGCUCACCAGGUAAAGCCAUUACUGUGGCCUCUCCUGUCUUUUCUGGGUUUGAGGCAGGUUUGACUUAUGAGCAACAACAGGAGCUUGUGCUGUAAAGCUGAAUUGGCUCCCAUUCAGGCAAAGCAACAGCAUGGGUUGGAACACCAUAGAUUCAAUUGAUGGGAAGCGUCAACCUGAGCAAGCCCAGGGUGAAAAGUUAACUUUAGUGUGUUCUCACAGACAAGGGCAAGGAGGUUUGAUCAGCACUGUAUGUCACUGACCAUAGUAUCACUUUGGAUGAUCUGCAAAGACUCAUUCUGCUUGAGAAGUUCAAAAUACUUUGCCAGGCUGUGUUGUUAAAUCUGUGUUGUUAAAUACACAAAUAAACAAAAAGUAUAGGAGAA